AUGCGCGCACACUCAUCGAGGCCGGUGGCGAGCACGGGGCUGGUGGACUCGACGCCGGCGGGGUGCGUGUACUCGCGCACUGUGCGCUCACACUCACCGAGGCCGGUUGCGAGCACGAGGCUGGUGGACUCGACGCCGUCAGGGUGCGUGUAUAUACUCGCGCACUGUGCGCACAUAUUCACCGAGGCCGGUGGCGAGCACGGGGCUGGUGGACUCGAUGAAUGCGGGGUGCGUGCAUACUCGCGCACUAUGCGCGCACACUCACCGACGCCGGUGGCGAGCACGAGGCUGGUGGACUCGAUGCCGGCGGGGUGCGUGUAUAUACUCGCGCACUAUGCGCGCACACUUACCGAGGCCGGUGGCGAGCACGAGGCUGGUGGACUCGAUGACGGCGGGGUGCGUGUAUAA